AUGGCCACCGAUACUCCAGAUGUGCGAAACCUCAAGUCAUGGAAGGAAGCUUUCCAAUACCCAAUUCCCACCGUGCGCAAGGUGGAGCAGGAGUUGCGACGGGACAUUGCCAGCAACAGAGAGAAGCUGCGUUCGUUGGUCGGUACACGUUAUCGCGAGCUACUCGGAACCGCUGAGACGAUCAUCGAAAUGAAUAUCGAGAGUUCCGAAGUCGAGUCCAGACUAGCUAGUAUCGGAAUCCGCUGCAAUACGAAUCUGAUUGGCAAGAAAUCUGUUAAUCUGACCGAUAUCAACCGGGAAUCGACGGGACGAACAGAAGGAGACAAAGCUUUUGCCGGGCAACUUGCGCUCCUUCAUCGCUGUACUACCGUGACAGGAAGGCUAUUACGCAAACACGAUUCGCCGCUGUUAGCUUCCAAGUUGAUGGUCAUUUCGAGAUUGCUUUACAAAACCCUUUCUCAGCAUCAAAAUACUCCGCCGUUUCUUGAGUCGUUGCGCUCGCAGCUCAGCUACGUUCAGAAGCUAAUACGCCGGAGGAUUGAUCGAAGGCUAGGGUCUGCCGACUCGAGUGUUGAAGACAUUAUCGAUUCAAUGGCAGCUUUUUGUCUGUCUAACAAUGCAUCAUCACUAGAUGUGAUUUCACACUUUCACAACAUCCGGCUCAAUUAUAUCGGAAAGCGACUUGAUCGCGACAAUGGAAGCGAAUGUAUCCCAAAGGCAUUGAGUCUAUAUAUCCAAACACUCCAAGAUACAAAAGUUCUCUUUUCCCGUCGGUUAUCAGAUGCGCUAGGCAAACUACAAGCGCAACCUCUAUUGAACGAUCACGAUAUUCAAAAGCUCGAUGAUAUUGACCUGGACAUCCUUGGACGAUGGGUGGUUCCGGAUGUCAAGAACUUUACACCUUGGAUCAAAUCGGAUGCCUUGACCAAGCAAUCGGCAGAACAAACUCUGAAGGCGUGGUCCAAAAAAGCAUUCCAGGCAUUCUUGGAGCGCGGAGCAGCCACUCUUGAGAGCUCUGUGGACUUUGCGGCAGUCCUUGCAUUGCGCAAGAAGACUCUAGAUAUCUGGCUUGCUGCCGUUUCUACAACACUCACGCAUUCGUCGACAAGUGUAUUAGAGGGUCUUCGAGGUCUCUUCAACACUCAAUUGAAGAAUAUACUGCUUAAAGAAGCCCAAGCAUUGUUAUCCGUGAGCGACUCGGUCAAGUCGCAUUUGAAAGGAUGGCAAAAGACCGAAGCCAGUGGAACGCAAUCGUUAUGGGAUCCUGAUCUAUUAUCAUUGGACGUCUCUGAGGGUGCAGCUACCUUUAAAAAAGCCAUUACCGAGACGUUGCUCGGCCAAGAUGCAAAGAUUACGAGUGUGCUAGAAGUCUACCAUUCCUGGCUUGCAACCAUUGAAACCUCCAGACAGUUGAUCGAAGAUUUGAAAGAUACGAAAUGGGAAGACACGCUUGACGAGGAUGAAGACGAAGAGUUCCAGGGCAGCACUGUGGAUCUACUCACCAAGGAUGAUCCUUAUUUGUUACGUGAAGAACAGAUCAAGACAGUCAGGCAGGCUUUGCUCGAUUUGCAAGGGUCGUUCGAAGAUGGAAUUCAAACUUUUGAUUCGAAUAGUGAAAAGGCUGCUUUUGUUUUACGACUCAUUCGGGAUCUAAGACGAGAGAGCCCUAAUAAUUUGCAGGAUGAUGAGUUGGAAUUUGCCCAAGGAAUUGUACCAGAGUUGCAUGAAAUUUUGGUAGAAGAGAUUCUUUCCAAAGUACCGGCGUCAAAUAUCAUUCCUCCUGUCAAGAACAUCGCGCGCCUUCCCGGACGAUCUCUUUGGGAAAAGACGCCAGAACUACCUAUCCAGCCUUUGCCAUCCACUUUCAGGUACUUUAAACGCCUUGUGGAAGCCAUGGAAGAUCUAGGUUCAGAUCUAUGGAAUCCUCCUGCUGUCAAUAUCCUCAAAACAAAGCUACAAAAAACCGCUAUUGAUUCAUUUGCCUCAAAGUUGGAGCAGCUCAAGUCUGCUGACAGUACCGAGGACAAGAAUGAUGCUGACGAGGCGGAGGAAAAAGAAACGUCCGUCAAAACAGAUCCGAAUACUGCGCGAGACUGGAAAAUCCAAUUAUUGCUUGACGCCUUCUAUAUUCGAGGCGUUUUAUCAGUGCAGAUCGACGGCACGAACCCUCUCGACGACUUGAUCGAAACUCUACAGGGGGAAAUCGAUGAAGACGGCAUUGCCGGAACACUACAAGAAUCGGCACACGAGUUCUGGAACAGAACACAGCUACUUUUUGGGCUUUUGAGCGAUCACUGA